UUGCAGACCACCGAAUCCUGCUGCUAUCAAGUGAGACACGGCUCCACCUAUCCGUACUACUUGGUCUGGCGUGGUCCCCGUGGGUGACGUCAACAAAAAAGGGUCCGGUGACACAACCAAAGUGCAAGUCCUGUCGGAGACCAAGCAAUCUUACCACGUUGUUUACGUGACGAAGUACAAAUAUCUGUUGGAGGGAGAUAGAGAAUAGUAUCUCCGACUUGGAAAUGAUCGGGUUUAUAAAUCGUCGACAAACCCCUUAUUGCUGAUGAUGGCUGCAUUGCAUGCACUACUUUCAUCAUGCAGUAGCCUUCCCGAGCAGUGAUCUUCCCAUAUAUCACUUACAUCGCCGUUUUUCCAUUCUACUCCAAGAUGUCCACCAGGGCCAGGGCCGUCGACUCAGACAAGAUCUGGGCCUGCCUCAUAACAAACGCCUCGUACCUCCCAGGCCUCUUGACCCUCAACUUCUCCCUCCGCCGCGUCGGCUCAAAGUACCCGCUCGUGGCCCUCCACACAGGAUUCCUCCCCGACGAGACCCUCGACGCCCUCCAACGGAGGGACAUUCCCCUCCAACAAGUUCCCUUUCUCUUCCCAGGCUCAUCGCCAGAACCAGAACCAUCAUCGCCACCACCGGACUUCGACGGCAUCAUCAGCAGCAGCAGCAGUAGCCAAACCAACGGAACCACCGCCACCCACCACGCCAAGCAAGCCAGCAGCAGCAGCAGCGGAAGUAAUACGAGUAACACGACAAAAGGAUGGUACGCAAACGACCCGCGCUUCCGCGACUGCUUCACCAAGCUAUCCGUCUUGUCCCUGGAAGGCUCCUACGCCCGCGUCGUGCUGCUCGACGCCGACAUGCUUGUCCUUCGCAACAUGGACGAGCUAUUUGACAGCAACACAUUGGAACUGGACGAGAACAGAAAGAGGGUGUUUGCCGCCGUCCACGCGUGCACGUGUAAUCCAUUGAGGCUGAAACAUUACCCGCGGGACUGGGUGAAGGAGAAUUGUGCUUUUACGGCAUUGGAGAAGGAAAUGGAGAGGUGGAGGGGGGCGGAGAACAAAGUUGAUAAAAAGCUGGAGCGGGAGGGGAAGGGCAAGCAGGGGCAGCAGCAGCAGAAUGACAGCGGGCUGGAACUUCAAAGGGGAGACAAUAGCAACGACACCUACACCUCGGACGACGACGACGAUGAUGAUGAUGCCGCCGCCGCCGCCGGCGACGACAUACCUUCUCAAAACGAUGUUCCGGGGAUGGGUAUGUUAAACAGUGGGUUACUCGUGCUGCGUCCCAACAAGGCCGUCUACAAGUCAAUAGUGGACUAUCUGCGCAGCGACAGGGCGACGGCCCCAAACCUCCCCUUUGCCGAACAGAGCUUGCUGGGCGAGCUGUUCCGCGGGCAGUGGGUUGCGCUGCCGUGGGUGUAUAACGGGUUGAAGACGAUGAGGUGGAAGGAGGUGCAUGUCGGGUUGUGGAGCGACCAAGAAGUCAAGAACAUACACUUCAUCCUGACGCCCAAGCCAUGGGAACUAAACAAAAAAGAAGUCGAUGCCCUCGAAGACGGCCCAGACCGGUGGUGGUGGGAGGUAGAUGCGGAGAGGAGACGGUGGGAGGCGGAGAGGAGGAUAGGACGGGAGCUGAACCGAAUCAACUGUAGCUGACGGGCAAAGGAAUAUGUAAUGAUUUUUCGGUUUGAGCUGGCUGGUGCUGAAGGUACUCCCACAAAUUUAGCUCAAGAACGGAUCACAGUACCCCAUUCCCCCAACAAGGUACUACAAAUACUCACUCGACACCCCAUCACAUAGCCAAGCAGCGCCCAAGCGAUCACAGUCAAUCAGUCAGCCAGCC